AGAAUUCAGAUUGUAUUUAAGUUGAGUUCAAAUUUUAUGAAAGACACGAUUGAUUGAAUUUGAUUUUUUUUCAUUUGAGUUUUUCUUGUUUUUUUUUAAAAAUGAUGAAAUUAGCAUUCGUCACUGUUUUGCUGUUGAUCGGUUCAUCAUUAGCCGUCAAGAAAGUAAAUGUUCAUCUGUUCUAUGAGACAAUAUGUCCGGGUUGUCAACAGGAAUUUGUGCGAAGUGUUGUACCGGCACAAAAAGCUAUUGGACAAUAUCUGAAUUUUGAUCUUGUACCAUGGGGUAAUGCACGAAUUUUCAAGAAUGAAUAUGUUUUCGGUAUCAUUUGUCAACAUGGUGAGGCUGAAUGUUGGGGCAAUGCAUUCCAUGUAUGUGUUAUUGAUAAAUAUGAUUAUGAAAAGGCAUUCGAUUUUGUUGCUUGCUUUUUCCGUACCUACGAAAAUAUCAAAGAUGUUAAAGGCAAAUGUGAAUCGUGUUCCAAAGAGAUGAAUUUUGAUUUUGCCAAAAUGAAACAAUGUGCCGAAGGUGAUGAAGGACAAAAAUUGGUGCUUGGUAUGCAUAAUCGAACGGUUGCAAUUGCUAAAGGAAAAACCGGUGUACCAUGGACAGUGAUUGAAAAUGUUGCUACCGGGGAUGAUAUUACUGAAUAUGCAUGUAAAGAAUUUCUUAAAGCACAAGGUGUUGAAUAUUGUCAAAAAUAUUAAUAAUAAAAAUUUUUAACUAAAUAAAAUUUAAAUGGAAAAAUUCUGUUUCA